AACCACCAACAUUAAUAAAAACUUUGGAUUAAUAAGUACCAUGGACGCUUUAACCAUUGCAAUGGAAGAUGCGUUCUUAGACUCCGACAAGGAAGUAAUGGAGGUAGAGGACCAAGGAUCUAAGGUGGCUACAGUAGCUGAUCCAGCCCCUGUUCCAGCCCCUGCUACAAUACCGGAUCCAGUUUCUGCUCCAACACCAUCUCCAACCCCUACUUUGGUAUCUGAGUCAGCAUCAGAGUUGCUUGCCUUAAAGGUCGCUUCGGUUGAGAAGUCUUCUGGAUCUACAGAUCCAGACCUGGCAGCAGCUCCCACGCCCGCAAAGGCAUCAAAUGUGGAAUCCUCGAGCUCGAAUGUAUGUAAACAGUGUAGAGGAAGACACCCGCUGUAUAGGUGCGCUAGUUUCCGGAAGUUGCCUCACGAAAAUAGGCUUCGAUUCGUAAUUUUACAUCGACAUUGCUACAUAUGUUUAUCGCCAUUAAGACAUUCUUUUAACCUGUCUCCGACCUUAAAGUGUGAUAUUACACCUUAG